UGAGUUGAAGAUCUGUAAUUUCUCUUCCCCCCGGACCAUGGCAAUCCCCCCGCGCGCUCCGAUCCAUCCUCAGGUGAACGGCCCUUCGUGUGCUCGUGGAUGUACUGCGGCAAGCGGUUCACCCGGUCGGACGAGCUGCAGCGACACCGGCGCACCCACACCGGCGAGAAGCGCUUCCAGUGUCCGGAGUGCAACAAGAAGUUCAUGCGCAGCGACCACCUCUCCAAGCACAUCCGGACGCACAGCAAGCUGAAAAAGGACCACGUGCGGUACCUGCUCGAGUUGGGCGAUUCGAUGAAAUCGGGUGGGCUGAGUGACGAAGGCGAGGAGGACGACAUGGACAUGGACGAGGAGGACCUCAAGCCGGAGGAGGAGGACGACGAGGACAGCGACCCGGUUCCGUUGGGGCAGCUUGCCAAGCCCAAGCUGGAACCGGGCAUGCCUCAGCGGCCAGCUGCGAUGGCAGUUACGACGCUUUCAAGUCCAAACUCCGCGAUGGGACUGAUGAUGGCCGGUGGUCCUGGCGGGGCCACCGCCGGUACCGUCCAACCGGUCGCCGUAUCCAACGGGUCGAGCACCGGAAUCGUCUGGAUUGCGUCCGGCUCUUUGCUGGGUUUGCAACAGCCUCAGCCGCCGCCACCACCACCACCACUCUACAGCAUCAAACAGCUCAACAACUCGCAGGAGGUGGCCAACUCGGCCGCGUCCGCGUCCUCGGACAGCAACGACAGCUCGGACGAGAAGAUGAUGAUCACGCUCGGCAACGACGACGCGGACCAGUCGAUCGACUCGAACUAGCACAUCGAAACGCUGUCCCUACAGCAGCUUGCGUCGUUCGCCGGCUGUGGGCUACCCGUGUACGGACAGUUGUAGGGUGGGGUUGAGGAGGAACGGAACGAGCGGAAAAAGGUGGAAGUAUCACCGAGGUUUCGAACAAAAAAAUAUCUUAGAUAGCGAGAGCAUUUUACACAGCAUCCUGGUUGAGUCGUCCGUUGCAGCUAUUUUAGUUUUGUGCAAGCGUACUUCCCCUUUUUUUAAACUGUUCUUGAAAAACUUUGGUUUUCAGAAAAAAAAAAUCUAAAAUCCAAAGUUUUGCCACAAAAAAAGGUGAUAAAAAUUAUCAGAAGUUCGUUCGUUUUGUAAAAAUCAAACCGUUAUUAUUUCUUCCAUAAAACCGACCUUGUUUAAUGAAUAAAAUUCAUAAUAAAACAUUUAAACUUUUUGAUUUUGUGGACGAAACAUAAUAAUUUACGUCGACGAGCUACCAAAAGAUAGUUGGUCACCAAAAUUUUGACCAUCUAUUAUUUGAUAUUUCGUCGAGCUUUUGACAGUCUUCUCGAAUACGAUUUCAUUAAAUUUUACAAACUGAUAAAAAAGAGUCGACAUUAGAGAGCAUCCCGCGAUCAAAGGACGAAAUCGUGUUCUACUCUUUUGAGUAGAGCAACAGAAUGUACA